AUGAGUCAAGAUAUCGUAGUUGAAUUAGGAUUAUUAUCUGAGGUUGAUGGAUCUGCCAAAUUAUUAAUGAACUCCACAAAUGUAUUGUGUGCAGUUACAGGACCUGUUGAACCUAAGGCGCGUCAGGAACUUCCUACAGAAAUGGCAUUAGAAGUUAUAGUUAGGCCUGCCAAAGGUGUUCCAACGCCUAGAGAGAAAUACUUGGAAGAUAAAAUACGUGCCAUUUUUACUCCGUUGAUAACUAGACAUAAGUACCCUAGACAGCUAUGUCAAAUAACCUGUCAGAUAAUGGAAGCUGGUGAGAAUGAGCAGUUACAUAAUCAGAAAGAACUUUCGGCAUGUGUGAAUUCUGCAUUAUUGGCUCUGGUAAACGCUGGUGUUGCGUUAAAUGACCUGGCGGCAGCUGUUACAAUUGCAGUGAUUGACGAUCAAAGCCAAGAAAACAAAGCACAGUAUAUUAUAGGGCCAUCUGAUGAAGAGUUGGAGAAAAGUAGCUCUGUACACACUAUAGCAAUGGAAGUAGGUGACAAUGGUAAGAAAGUAAAAAGAGUUCUGCUCAUUGAAAGUAACGGUAUAUUUAAUGAUAAGGUGAUAUUUGAUAUAUUAGAAUUGAGUGAAAGUGCAUGUCUGAAUCUCUGCUCCAACUGGAGAGGUGUUUUAACUAAACAUAUACAAAAAGAACUUGACUUGCAAAGUAGCUAA